AUGAUAUUAGUUUUUUUUAGGAAAAAACGCGAUCUUGUGCAGUCUGAAAAAGUAUUUAAGGCUAAUGUUGCAACACUGCCAGUUGCCAAAACACCGACACGGACUCCAGUGAGGAUAGCAACGCCGAGAGCUGCGCUUACUCCGAAAGCUGCGCCCUCACAGGCGACAAAUGCUGGGAAACGAUCGGAAAUUAUUCGUAAAAUGGAAAAACGGGCAAACAUCGUAAUGAAGAAUAAGGAAGAGCUGAUGAAGGAGAAAGCUGAACGUGCUAAAAGAGGAUAUUACAAUCGUAUGCAGAAGCAGCCGAUGAUUCGCGCUGUGUCCUCUCAGGAUAUUGCUGGGAUUGUGGUUGGACCGUCUGAUCAGAAAGAAGAGCGUUUUCGUGGCAAACGAGGAUGCAGUGGUGCCGAAAAACAAGAUGUUGCUAACAAACGACAAAAGCACGAUGGAUCAGGGCCCAGCGAAACAAAGAGUAGCGUUGCUCGGAAAACGCGCUCCAAGACACCGCAGACGACUGUAACCACAGUGACUGUAGGCGUGGAUGCUCGAGAAGCCAUGGCGAAUAAAGAAGCGAGUAUGAAUUCGCUGCAGUUUGAAGAGGCGCAAAAUGAAGAAGCAGUGCAGACAGGAUGGAGUCUGUGCAGUAAGGUUGAUUCACUGGAUGAAAUGGGAAAGAUUGCAGAAAAAAAUGUUAUCACACCGACGGAAGUGAGGAAGUCAACGCCAUGUCCUCCACGAAAGAAAUCCACCGGCAGUUUGCCAAAAACGCGCGUAGCAGCGAAGAGUGUACGAUCAUUCGCAGAGCAGCAAAAAAAGCCGGCGCAAAAUGGUUUCGAU